GGGUGCCCACUUCGAUGAUGUCUCUGUGGGGAUGUCGACUCAAGCUUCCAUGUGUUCCCCCACGCGCUCUGGGGGGGUCAGCAUGGAUCACUCUGUCAGCGUCCUCGUCGUGGCCUCCACUGUGGCCCAUCAGCUGGGGCACAACCUGGGCAUGCGCCACGACAGCGCCGGGCGCCUCUGCGACUGCGGCGACCUCCGGCACGACCGCGGCUGCAUCAUGGCACCACCCACAGGGUUGACACCUGGCUUGAGCUUCAGCAACUGCAGCCGGCAGGACCUGGAGCGCAGCCUGCAGCAGGGCCAGGGCUGGUGCCUGUCCAAUGUCCCCGAGCCCCAGGUCCUGACCGGGAGCCCCACCUGCGGGAAUCGCUUCGUAGAGCUGGGCGAGGAAUGCGACUGCGGCCUCAGUGUGGAAUGCACCGAUCCUUGCUGCAACAGCAGCUCCUGCCAGCUGAUGCCAGGGGCCGUGUGUGCCACCGAGGAUGCCUGCUGUGAGGACUGCCAGCUGCGCCGUGCUGGCCACGUGUGUCGGGAGCCGCUGGGCGAGUGUGACCUGCCCGAGUUCUGUGACGGGGUCUCACGGCGCUGCCCCCCUGACACGUUCCUGCAGGACGGGCAGCCCUGUGCCAGCGGGCGGGCACGCUGCUACAGCGGGGCCUGUGCCACCUACGAGGGGCAGUGCCAGCAGCUGCUGGGGCCAGGUGCCAGUCCUGUCUCCAGCUCCUGCAUGGCAGCCCUGAACACCAGAGGGGAUGAACGUGGGCACUGUGGGCAGCUCCCCAACGGCUCCUAUGUCACUUGCACCCAGCAGGACACCAGCUGUGGGAUGCUGCAGUGCCAGCGCAGCAGUUCCCGUGGGAACAGCCCAGAAGGGUCCUGCCAGGGCACCACCCUGCCCGGGGAUGAGGAUGUGACAGAUGCGGCCAUGGUGCUGCCUGGCACCACCUGUGGCCCUGGGAAGAUGUGCCUCCAGCACCGGUGCCAGGACAUCUCCGUGCUGGGUGACCAGCAGUGCCAGAGCAAAUGCCAUGGGCACGGG